AUCCUGCACGAUCCGCUCCAGCGCCGCUUGAACAGCUUCGAGCACGUCGGCGUGAGCAGCUCCUCCUCGGCCUCCGCCAUAUCCAGCCGGAAGAGGCGGAUCCGACAAUAUGUUGCUUUUCUGCCCGGCUUGCGGGAACGUGUUGGUGGCCGAAGAAGGGCCGAGAUGUCACCGCUUCGCCUGCACAACCUGCCCGUAUGUGCGGAACGUGACGAGGAAGGUGAGCAGCAGGAAAUACACCACAGCGUCUAAACCUCCACUGAAUGGAGAGCCGUGCCCCAAGUGCGAGCAUCCCCGCGCCUACUUCAUGCAGAUCCAGACCCGUUCGGCCGACGAACCCAUGACCACGUUCUAUAAGUGCUGCAACGCGCAGUGCGGGCAUCGCUGGCGUGACUGAACCUCCACCUUAACCCCUAAAACCAAUGAGGGCCGCUGGGACCCCCCCCCCUCUGUCAAUAAACACGGUGAUGGAGCUCUAUCUGCAGAA